UCAGAACAUCUGUCACUUUCCUACCAUCUUAAUAUUUCUAUUGAUUUAAAUUUCGAAUAGGAAUUUCGCGUUUGAAGAAGUGAAUGAAACAAUUCCGAUACAUUUAGAAUUUCAUCGAAUGUUUAUUUCACCAUGCAUUGACCUUCAUUUUAAAAUUUUAAUGUUGCAAUCGAAAACAAAUAUGAACGUAAAACCGAACUCUCUCACAAUGCUUUUUAGUGGUCUCGAAAAAUAAGUUUUCCUGUGUGGCCUAAUUUAUUGUACCGUCCAAAGCACUGUUUAUUGUUAAAUCUCUGAGAUUCCACUUUAAAAUUCAGAAAUGGAGGCAGCGAAAAAUAUUAAACAGAAACCGGAAAUCGAAUGCAAAGAUAUCAUUCCUGCAAGAUACAUUCUGACAUUUUUAAUUUUCUGCGGCAUGUGCCUCAUUUUCGGACAAAGAGUGUGCCUGAAUGUUGCCAUGGUGGCCAUGGUAAACAGCAGUGCUGAGGUUGAAGUUAUGAGCAUGGAUUCGGACACAGACGAGAGCCGUUGUCCGGUCCCUGAAUCAAGCAUGAACGUCACGCUUAAAUCCAAACAGGGCAGUUAUCUGUGGACGCCGUCAAUUCAAGGUGUUAUCAUCGGUUCCUAUUUUUAUGGGUAUGUUGUGGCUCAGAUAGUCGGAGGUAGACUGGCUGAUAUUUUCGGAGCCAAGAGACUGUUUGGCUGCGCUACUUUUCUAUCAUCCGUCAUUACAUGUCUGACGCCGUAUGUAUCGAGUCUAACACCGAUUUGGAUGAUUGUUCUUCGAGUUUUGCUUGGUUUCGUUCAUGGCAUGAAUUAUCCCAGUGCUUACACUUUAUUUGCAAGAUGGGCUCCUCUCCAGGAAAGAAGUACACUUUUGUCUCUUUGCGUAAUAGGUACACAUUUCGGUGUAGUGUUGUCAAUGCCUCUCACUGGAUAUCUAUGUGAGAACGACUUGGUCGGAGGAUGGCCUUCUGCUUUCUACGCACUGGGAAUUAUUGGUUUUGUGUGGUUUGGUUUUUUCACCUUUUUUGUUUAUGAUUCUCCUGCUGAUCAUCCUAGAAUUAGUACCAGAGAAAUGAACUACAUUCACAGAAACAUUCCCUUUAUUUCCAACAGCAAAAAGAGCCCUCCAGUGCCUUGGUGUCAAGUUGCAUCAUCCCUACCUAUUUGGGCUGUUACUAUUGCAAAGUUUUGCGGAGCAUGGAGUUUUAUUUGCUUUCAAUCCAAACUUCCUGCCUAUUUGGAUGAAGUGCUACAUUUACCUAUUCAUAAGAAUGGCCUUGUGAAUUCUCUUCUAUUUGGGGCACUUUGCUUUUCUAUAGUGGUGUCCGGAAAGUUGUCAGAUUACAUUCGGGCCAAAGAGUACUUCAGGACAACCACGAUAAGAAAAUGUUUUGAGACUCUUGCUUUGUUAGGUCCAGCUGCCUGCAUGACAGCAAUCCCACUGGUCAAGUGCAAUGCAAAUGCUGUGAUCAUUCUCUUAACAAGUGCCAUGGCCCUAUUUGGUCUAUGCGGCGGUGGAGAUGUCUCUGUCAUCGUAGACAUGGCACCUGAUUUUGCAGGUAAAAUUUUUGGCGUCUCGAACGCAAUUGCGAGUAUACCGGGAAUAUUGUCUCCUAUUGUUGCUGGAUAUUUCUUAGAAGGAAAUAAAGGCAAUGUUGAACAAUGGACAAUGAUUUUUUACAUAUCUGUUGCAUUAUACGUCAUUGGUGCUAUAACUUUCUUGAUUUUUGGCUCAGCCGAAGUGCAAUCAUGGGGAGUAAUUUCUCCUGAUAAAACUGAGGAGCAACAACAGAAAGACCGUACUAUUUCCACGAUAUCGACCACAGUUACGGUGAUACUAAGUAAAGACGACUUCAACAUGGGUAACUCAUCAGUCGUGCUGUCUCGGUUUAAGCGUACAGACUCUGAAGUAUCUUACGUUUCUUUUAUGCUGUAAUCUGACCCUGGAGAAAUGAAUGGCUCACUGGCAGUUGCUAGAUUAUCUCAAGUAAAAUAAGAUAUGGAUCUUAAUCGUUACAUUAAGUAAAUGCAUCAAAUUGUUUUUAUCAGAACAUGCUCUCAAUCGUUUCAUCAAUUUAUAUUCACCUGGUUUUAUUGUUUCAACCAGUGGAUGUAUCGUUUCAUUUUCAUUUGGAUUUGCAUUUAGUUUUUCCAUCAGACAAACGUAUUAAUUCGUUUUCAUCAGGACGUGCAUUUAAUUGUUUCAUCAUACGGACGUAUCAAUUCAUUCUCGUCUGGAUGUGCAUUUAAUUGUUUCAUCAGACAAAAGUAUAAAUUCGUUUUCAUCAGGUAAUGCAUUAAAUUGUUUCAUCAGAUAAAUGCAUCAAUUCGCUUUCAUCAGGAUGUUGAUUUAAUUGUUUCAUCAGACAAACGUAUCAAUUCGUUUUCAUCAGGAUGUGCAUUUAAAUGUUUCAACAUAUUAACGUAUCAAUGAAUUUUCAUUUGGAUAUGCUCUUAAUUGUUUUAUUGAGAAAAGACAUUAAUUCAUUUUAGUUCCCAUCAAGUAAUUGUAUCACCAAUCAGUUUAUUCUCAUCUGGAUACAGUUGCUUAGAAUUUAUCAUUUCCAUAUGAAAAAUGAGAUGCACGAUAUUAAUACAGAACGCAAGUUGAUUUUACUCAGCAGUAAGCGAUCAUCAUACGUAUACUUGAAGGGAAAAAAUUUUUUUUCGAAAAAGAUUUUUAACGUUGACGUUAGACUUAUUUUUCAACAGAAAACUGUAAUUCUUCUUUAAAAACUAACUUCUUCUAAACUUCUAGGCUUUAAAAACAAGAAUAGUUUAAGAGCUUCAAGAAAGUAUACGAAACAAAUAUGGAACAUUUUACCCCAUGUUUUAACCUAUUUCAUUACACUAACAGCAAUACUGUCAAAGACUUAUUAACGAAGACAUUAGUGCCAUGAAGAAAAUAUGUGACGAUAUGACAUUUAAAAGAUCACAACGAUAAGUUAUUCCAAACUGGUUUCAUGUAAAAUAAUUCUUUUAUUUAAUUAUCUAUUUAAUUUUAUUUGAAAUAAACUUUAGAAACUUAACAAACUGUGAUAUAAGGAUUGUACACUUUGUUUAAAAUAUUGACAAAUGAAUGGAUGUAAUUUCUUUAUUUAGAAGAAUAUGAUCUUCCUAGAAUGAUGAAACAGAGUUUUUUUUAAGAAAGUGUGUAAUUAUAUUUUUUAUUCUGUGCAUAAUUGAAAAAAAUGAACUGAACUAAUUGAAUGUACUGUGAUAUAAAUAUUGUGCAAUUAGUUUUUUUUUGAAUUGUAAGUUAAUAAAAUUUUUUUAUUGUA